CUGAGAGAUGCAGAGUUACCCUCCCCCCAUGCAGCAUCACUUCACUAGCAGCCGCCGGCGGAGAAGAGCAAGGGAGACAGGCGGAGAGGAGCAUCUGACAGCCGGGAGAAUACAUUUUCCAAAAGAUUAAAAAAAAUAUGCGCCUGUGCAUUUGCAGGUAGUCUGCUGUCAUUUCAGAAAUUAAAUCCGAAUCGUAUUUUCUGAUUAUUUUUUCGAAACAAGAGAGUGGUGUGUAGAAGACGAAGAAGGGAAUGCUAGAGUGUUGCACGGGAGUGAGAAGAGGAGGAAAUGGUGAAAAAAUAUAAGGGCAGUUGGUGAAAACGGAGAUGAUUUGCUUCAAAACAGAGUGAACCCCUCGACAAACGUGUUCAAGAAAGGCGCUUGGAGGAGUUCAUAAUACAUUAGAGUUUAAAAAACACGACGUUGUAGCUAUUUUCGUUACUGAAGAAUCCUGCUGUCAAAAAAAAAAGACUGCGAGGAAAAUCUACAGCCAGCGAUCGUUCAUUAACCCCCGCCCUGCUAAUCUGGACCCGAUCUCCGGACUGAAGGUCCAGUGAUUACCUGGAACUCAUCGCGCACGGCCAUCAGCCGCUACAACUGGGCGUGCGGUGAAGCUCCGUUCAUCUGGAUCGAACAAGCGCGCUGACUUUCCUCCUGCUUAUUUGAACCCAAGUCCGACUAUUUCACUGUACUAAUUAUUGCAAGGGACACUUUUCUUCAGAAUUUCGAUCAUCUCUUUUUUGGAAGAAGCCAACUACCCCUAGCAAAAUGAAUUACCUGCGCCGCCGCCUGUCCGACAGUAAUUUCAUGUCCAACCUGCCGAAUGGCUACAUGACCGACCUGCAGAGGCCAGAUCCCCCUCAACCCAGUCCAGCCGUGUCCCCCGGCCCCCCUGAGCGCCGCCAGUCUUCAAGUCAGUCCGCUGGUGGAGGUUUCUUCUCCUCCAUCUCGAACGCCGUGAAGCAGACCACCGCCGCGGCAGCUGCCACCUUCAGCGAAGCCACCUCUGGCAGCAGCGGGGCGUCCCGUGCCAAAAUCCUGCUGGUCGUGGACGAUCAGAGCACCGACUGGGCCAAGUUCUUCAAGGGAAAGAAGGUGAAUGGGGAAUUUGACAUCAGAGUGGAACAGGCAAAAUUUUCUGAGCUCAACCUGGUGGCACAUGCGACUGGCAGCUAUUCAGUGGACAUUGAUGCACUCCGCAAUGGCGCCAAGGUCACAAAGUCCAUCAGGCCAGAUUUUGUCCUGGUUCGUCAGCACGCCUUCAGCAUGGCAAAGAACGGUGACUUCCGCAACAUUGUCAUUGGCCUGCAGUAUGCUGGACUGCCCAGUGUCAACUCUCUGCACUCCGUGUACAACUUUUGUGAUAAGCCCUGGGUGUUUUCUCAGCUGACCAGGCUAUACAAGAAGCUGGGACCAGAUGACUUCCCGCUGAUUGAACAGACCUACUAUCCCAACCACAAAGAGAUGAUCACAACUCCAAAGUUUCCAGUGGUGGUGAAAAUGGGACAUGCGCACUCCGGCAUGGGAAAGGUGAAGGUGGAUAAUCACUAUGACUUCCAGGACAUUGCUAGUGUGGUGGCUCUAACCAAGACGUAUGCCACAUCUGAGCCUUUCAUUGAUGCUAAAUAUGAUGUGCGUGUUCAAAAGAUUGGCAACAACUACAAAGCCUACAUGAGAACAUCAAUUUCUGGAAACUGGAAAACCAAUACAGGAUCUGCAAUGCUGGAGCAGGUGGCAAUGUCUGACAGGUAUAGACUGUGGGUGGAUUCCUGCUCAGAGCUGUUUGGGGGCCUUGACAUUUGUGCUGUAGAGGCUCUCCAUGGAAAGGAUGGCAAAGAUUACAUUAUUGAGGUGGUCGGCUGCUCUAUGCCUCUCAUUGGAGAACACCAAGAUGAAGACCGUGGUCUCAUAGCCGACCUGGUUCUCAGUAAAAUGAACCAGACCAUGGCGAGAACACCAAUUCCAUCUCCAGUUCGGCCGCCUACAGCCCAGACAGCCCAGACAGCCCAGCCCACAAUGCAGCAAGCUGUCUCACCUCAGCCUGCCCAAGCACAGCAAAGACUUCCUGGAACCCAGCAAGGACCCCCAGCCCAGCAGCGUCCUCCUCCACAAGGUGGGCCUCAGCAGCCUCCUCAAAGUUCUCAAGGUGUUCGUCAAGGCCCUCCCUCACAGCAGAGACCACCACCUCAGGGUCAGCCAAUACAAGGCUUAAGUCAACCACCACCCCAGCAGCAGCAGAGAGCUCCAAGCCCUAGCACCCAGCACCCUACAUCUCCAGCCCCAGUACAGCAGCAAAGGCAGCCUAGUCCUGGGGGUGGAGGCCAAGCAGGGCCACCACAACAACGACAGCCAGGACCAGGUGCUCAGCAGCCACAGCAGAAACCAUCAUCUGGUCAAGGAUCACCACAAAGAAGUCAAUCAGGAUCUCCUCAGAUGCAAAGGCAGCAGCCUGCCCCAUCUCAGCAACAGCCACAACAGAGGCCAACUGGUGCAUCAGUGCAGAAACCCAUUGGGGUUCAGCAACAACAAAGGCCACCGCAGCAAAGGCCACAAGGGCAAGGGGCACAGCCACAGCCUCCUCGACAGCUCACACAAGGGGUUCCUCAAGCCUCUCAACAGCAGCAACAGAGGGCACCAUCCCAGGGUCCUCCACCACAGCAACAGGGUAGACCUAUGGCACCCACGACUCAGCAGCCUCGGCCUUCAGCUCAAGGGCAGGGGGGCCCCUUAGGAAUGGGAGGUCCUGGAAGUGUAGGGAGCCGCCCUCCUGUACAGCAAAAACCAUUGCCUCCACAGAAGCCCAGCCAGGAACAAAGCCAAGGAAUGGGAUUGCCUUCACAGCCGCAUCCCCAACUCAACAAAUCCCAGUCUCUUACCAAUGCCUUCAACAUUCCAGAAACCUCGGCGACUCCCCGUUCAAGCCUUAGCCAGGAUGAAGUGAAGGCCGAGACCAUCCGCAGCCUGCGCAAGUCCUUUGCAAGUCUCUUCUCGGAUUGAAAGCGGCCACCCUCAACUGACAUCCACGACUGAAAACAGAAAUGUCCUCUGAGCCUCUGUGAAGAGCUACCCUCUCCAUGUGUGGUACUUCGAAUGAAGAAAUGAAAGAUACAAACUGGAACCACAAACUUUGUAUAUAAACACACAAACACACACACACUCACACGAAAAAUGAACACUUCUUUACCAACAUAAUCAAAGAUUCAUGCAUGUUUUGCUUUCUGCCGUUAAAUGUGGACACUUCUCACAAUGACAUUUACCACAAACAAAUCUCCUUAUUUAGUACAUUAUGGAACACUGCCCUCUUUUGGUAAUACAAGGUAACAAAUUAUUUAUGUUUCAAUUUAAUUUUCCUUACUAUAGCAGUUUCCCUUAGACUUCAUUUAAAAAAAAAAAAAAAAAAAAGUAUUAAAGUAGAGUGUAGAGGCACUACAUAGAAAUCCUAUUGCACCAAAAUUAGUGUUAACAUUUCUUAAGAGAUUAUGGAGAUGUCUAGUGCGUUGGAGUGUUUUAAUACAACACAUGAGCACUAAGUCAGCGAAUACACAUUGCUGAACUAUGUGAGUUACUGUUGUUCUAGUUUAAGUCCAGUGAUGCUGAGCCAUAUUCAUCAUUACUUUCCCUGACAGAGCACUGUGCUUCUUUGCCCCACUUUUUAUGGCCUUUCAUUGUUGGCUGGGUUUUCUUUUACUGUAUAUAAUGGGAUCUGGCAUUGGUGGUCUCUGAUAACAGCAAAUUUACUUUUGGUUAGACAUGUAAUUCCUACUAUUUAUAGCCUACUAUAAAUUCUCGAGAAUCUCAGCCACAUGAUUGUGUAUGUACUGCGAUCAGGUAUUAAUUGGUUGGACUUUAAAAAUGAAUUGUUCAGGAAUUGGAUAUGACUGGUGUGAAACACAGUCAGCAGUUAUCAAAAUGUAGAAAAUGGUUACAAACCUUACGAUAAUUAUUAACUGUCCCAUAAAGAUCUGGGUCCUGCCUUGAGCACACUGCUGCCGACAUAGACUGCAUAAAACACACAGAAGAAUAUCCAUGCAAGAAUGUAACAAUCAGUGAACCUACCUGGGAGAUUCCCCAAGAACCCAGCAUCUCUACAUAUCCCUCAGACUGUUAGCCAGUGGUCUACCAAACAUAUAGGCAGCACACCAGCACCACAACUUUAGUUUGACACUGAUGCACACAAACCUCCAAAUUGCCCACAGUACUGCUGAGCAUCAAGAAGUGACUCUCAAAGAACAUGCAGUUUCUGUAAUAAAAUAAAUGACUGAAUCUCAGAAUGCACACCACUGAACAAAGAAAGGAACUCUACAUACACGACAAACUUUAUUUAAUUUUUCUUGCAUAUGCAAGAUCGGUUAUUUCCUCCUCUUCCUCCAUGGCCUUCAGUAGAUUUUUUUAAUAACUGUUUAGGUUUCUGUUUAUAUUUAGAGUAUCCCCCCCCCCCCCCCCCCCCCCCCCCAAUAAGAGGCUUACUGUUCUGUACUUUGUUUUCUCAUCCCUGGACAUAUUGUUAUUCAUACAGUUAAACAUCUACCAUAGGAUUGAUUUUCUUUUAAUCGGUGUAUAAUGUUGAACUGAUAAAUGACUCUAGAGGGCUGUAAUAAUAACUGAAUACCUCCUUUGGCAUUAGUUAUCUUGCGCUCUAACAACUGAGUUGUUGGGACAACUUGGCUAUUAGUUAAAAAAAAUCUUGAUGGACUGAAUGGUCUUUUAUUUCUCAAACAUCUUAUGUUCACUUUAUUAUCUAAAGUUUCCUUAAUUUAGAUAGGACAUCAAAGAAAUGAGAAGUGCUCUUAACCAAAGAUAUCCCCACCGUGAGAAUUGCACCCAGCCAUGCAGCAGUCUAUUCAUGUAUGUAUAUGGCACCUGGUCUUGCAUACCAGUGAAAAUAAAGUUAGAAGAGCACACGGACAAUCUUGUUCCAAAUCAUAAGGGAUCCUUCAAGUUGAGUUCUUCAAUUCAGUUGCCAUUAGCUCCCCCACCCCCAACCUUUUUCACUGCGUCUUUGUCAUAGAAAUGUCUUACUUGUUUUUUGCCACUAUCUCUGAGAGGUUUAGGUAAUGAAGCAAUUUCCACACAUAUGGUGAAGGCUGUGGCUCUGUUGCAGAGCACAUUAUACACUGCUGAAAUAUCUUUUUUUGCCCACUUGGUGGAGCAAAAUUCUAUGCAACAUCCAGUUUAAUGGAAAUUAUCUGUAUGAUACUUUCUGCCUGUGUUUUGGUUAGCACCCCCAUCCAGUUCUGUUACAUAUUCAACGGUUUCCAUUUUACUCACCAAAUGUCACAGGCAGUGGUAGAUGUACAUGAACAAGUUUACUGCCAAGCUCUAGGUUCUUCAGGAUUAGAGUAUUGUUUUAUUUUCCUUCUACUCAUUUCUCCCAUUGAGAAUAAUGGCAAGUCUGUAAGUGGACAGAAACUUUUGGGUAAAAUGAAACUGAUAAUUUUAGUUUGGAGCAUUUAAAGAUACCGCCUCCUGUUCCUAUUUUCACACCAUUUCUACAACGUGAAUAUGGUUUUAAUGUUUGGCUUCAAUGAAUCCUUCUCUGCCUCAUCUGUUUAAGUAUUAUUUGCCAUAUAAAACUAACUAAAGAAAUAUAAAAAUACAUCUUAAGAUCAGAAAAAGAGGGAAGGGGGACUUACAAACCCUGAUAUUUUUUGAAAGUCUAAUAGAAGGAGUUCAGCAGUUUUCUGGGCUAUUGGAGCUUUUCAUUUAAUCCAACCCCCACCAUCCUUGUGUGGCUAAAGCAGUGGCAUCACUUCUUUGCCGAUGGCUUCUGUGCCAUAGGAUUUCUGUGUCACUUCACAUGUAUUUCUCCCAUUCUGUUUUCUAUAAUGUAGUAUCAUGGUUGUUUUUCCAUUUAUUUUGUAAAGCUCUUCACUUUCACUUGUAAAUACAGUCCCACUUCACCCAUGCAUCCAAUGCGAAAACUUGUGAUAAAAGUGCAAAACUGUGUAGAAGUUGUACUGUAUGCAGUAAAAUCCGAUGAAGUACUGUACAGUUAGUGAGUAUUCACCUAUGAACCCUUUGUUGACCCGUUUUUUCUCUUGAAGUCUCAGUUUUUGUGCCUGUGAUGCUGUCUGUGUGUUCUGGAAUGCCUGCUCUCUUCUCUUUUGUUAAAUCUUUUCAUAAGCUUUUGGAGUCCCUGGUUUAUGCUGUUCUAGAGCAUUUUAGAAGCCUCAUUUCAGAUCAGUCUCACAGCAUCUGAGAGAGCUGAGCUGUUGAAUUAAAAAAUAAUAAAUUAAAAAGCUAAAACCUGAAGCUACAAAAAUAGGGUUAAAUCUAUCCAGUCUACAAAUCUUCCAUAAAACCAUUCAACUUUAAAGCUUAAAAUAUAUCAGGAGUGUGCUUUUGCAAACUAAUACAUCUAGAGAAUAUUUACUUCCACCCUGUAGUGGACUGCUAUUCUGUUCUAGAAUGGUUCCCUUUUUAAUGCAAAAUUCUUUCAACAUAGGCUCCAUUUCCCUACAACCCUAAAAUGGAAAUGAAUGGGCUAUACUUGCAUUUAGAAACUAUGUAGGCAGGAGAGAACCCAACAAUAAGUAAGCAAUCAGGCAAGACACAAGAUAACCCCCAAAGAAGAAAACUGCUCGUUGUCACAUUUUCAUCUUAGUGCUCAGUGAUUCCAGAGCUCUAAUUUAGUGUCAAGUAGUGUGCUAGACAUCAUUAGCUCUUAAAAUAAGUGAAAUGGUAAAAGGGGAGUACAGCACAUUGACACAGCUCACAGUUUGUUUUUUAAAUUGAUGCCAGAGCUCCAGCGUCUACCAUAAAAUAGAAUUCCAAAGGUUAUGACAAACUCUCUCUGGAUUUACUAACUUGAUGGGUAUGUAAGCAGGCAAAUAAUACAAAAAGGAACUGGAGAGGAGGUUAACCAUCAUUUUAGUGGCUUCAAGUCCAGCUGGCCACAAUGCCUAUAUUAUCACUACAGUAUCAACAAUCAAAUGAUAAUGGACUGGGUGUUAGAAAUAAUUUUAAAGCGGCAAAUAGGCAGUGGACCAAACUAGCGGGCAUUUAAACAAACAGAUACAGCUCUCUGAGUGGUGGGAUUUGUUAUCUGAGAUUUUGACUCAGCUCAAGCAACAGCAUCCACUAUCUUUUUUUUUUUUUUUAUUCUGAGGUAUACAUAAAUGGUGCAAUCCUGACCAAUACCUAUAUACCCUCUGGGAACAAACAUUCAGAAACAUGUAUAUUCCCAGUGCAAUAAAGCAGUAAAAAUGAUGUGCAUUUUUGACUGUUGUGAAAAACGUUUUUUGAAACAUUUACUUUGCUGAUUGAACUCUGAAUGUAGUCGAAGUCUUGUAGUGCAAUAUUAUGUCCUGCAGUUUGGAAUGUUGUGUUUGUUUGUUUGACACCUGUGUAUUCUAAAAAUUAUAUAAAUAUAUAAAUAUAUAUAAACAAGAACUGAACCCAUCAGCCACUGCAGAGUUACCGUGACCAAGCUGUGUAUCAAGUACUUUCCUGUAAAAACAUAUCUUUAAUGUGAUUGUAGUUGUGACAAUAAAUAUGGAAACCAA